AUGCUGGGCUCCGUCGGGCUGCGUGCCGCCUGCACGAGCGCUGCACCUGCGUGGCGUACUGCUCUGCCACUGCUGCGUCCAGCUGCCGCCAUGCUCUCGACACACACGCUCUCGAUGGCCUCCACUUUGCCUCCUCGUAUCGUGACACAGCGCGGCAUCUCGUCGAGCGCAGUGCACCUGCUGGCAACGAGCCGGACAUCGAUACUGGGGCGGACCAUGAACUUGCGAAGCCUCUCGUCCACGCCCUCGCGCUGCGACUCCUCGCUGCCUCCACCGCCACCAUCGCGUGCGGACGACGGAAAAGCAAAGCCGGCGCUGUCCGAGGACCUCUUGACGCUGCCCAACGUGCUGACCAUGUUGCGGCUGGCGCUGACGCCGUACAUUGGGUACCUUGUUGCGACGCACCAGUUCGCGCCCGCAUGUGUGCUGCUGUUCGUCGCGUCGAUCACCGACGUGCUCGACGGCUGGCUCGCACGGCGCACGGGCAAGUACACGGUGUUUGGCAGCAUUGCGGAUCCGGCGGCGGACAAGGCGCUGGUGACGACGAUGGUCGUAUCGCUCGCACUCUCCGGCAUGCUACCCUGGCCCAUCGCCACGGUGAUCCUGGGUCGCGAUAUCGCACUGGUGGUGGCGGCGUUUGUCAUCCGAUACCGCACGCUGCAGCCGCCCAAGACGCUGCAGCGCUAUUUCAACCCGCGUCUGCCGUCGGCCAGUGUGACGCCGACGCAGAUCAGCAAGUACAACACCUUCCUCCAGCUGCUCCUGCUCGGCAUCCUUACCAUGUACCCGCUGCUGUAUCCCAACUCACCACCCCCGCCGCUAGUGCCAGCCAAACAGGAGGACGACUCGACCAAGCGGCUCGUCGACCGCGCAGUGGCUGCACUCAUGUGGAUCACAGCGGCCACCACCGUCUGGUCCGGGUUGGGAUACAUCGGUGGCGCAGGCGCGCGCAAGGUGCUGGCCCAACGUGCACCCACGCUGCUCACGCGCACCAAGCCUCCUCCCAAAGCGUAA